ACACCCUCUUUUCUUCUUCAUUCCAAACACGUACAUGCUAUUGCUAAUGGAGAAACAAGGUCUUGGUCUUGGACUUGAGAUCACUGAGCUAAGGUUGGGGCUUCCCUGUGGAGAACCUGUGGAGAAGAAGGAGAAGAAGGAGAAGAAGAGAGUGUUCUCGGAGAUUCAAGCUGGUGAUGAUGAUGAUGAUGAAAACAGCUCCUCCGAAGACCGGAAAGUGCAAACCAAGAACCAAGUCGUGGGGUGGCCUCCGCUGUGUUCCUACCGGAAGAAGAACACCGUAAGUCAAACCAAAAAGUACGUCAAAGUUAGCAUGGAUGGAGCUCCUUUCUUGCGUAAAAUUGAUUUAGCUAUGCACAAGGGAUAUUCCGACUUGGCCUUGUCCUUCGAGAACUUCUUCUCUUGCUAUGGAAUUCGCGAAGCGUUGAAGGAUGCGGACAAUGCUGAACACGUUCCCAUCUACGAAGACAAAGAUGGUGACUGGAUGCUAGUUGGAGAUGUCCCUUGGGAGAUGUUUAUUGAGUCAUGCAAGAGGUUGAGGAUAAUGAAGAGAUCAGAUGCAAAGGGCUUCGAUCUGCAACCAAAAGGGUCUUUAAAGGGAUUUAUAGAAGGCGUGACAAAGUGAAAAAUAAUAUAGAUGAAGCAAAGAAUAUAGGCUUCUAAUUAAUUAAUGUCGUACACGUUUUGAAGAUCGGUCAUUCCAAUUUCAUGUCGUUUUAUUAUAUUUGAGGAAGCAACACUUUAUAUAUUAUGGUGCAUGAAUCGGACUUCUGUCUAUGAUAAGACCUAAAAAUGAAGGAUAUAUAUACAUACAGGAGCCUGUUCAAUGAAAUAGGGAAAACUCUUCGUUUUAGUAAAUGUCUUGUCAUAUUUGUUAAUAUGUUGCAAAUUACAGCAAACUUAUUGUCGA